AUGGACGAAUCAAAUUUACAAUCAUUUUCCGGUGAUUCGAACCCUGCGUCCAAAGGUGAUGACGGUAGCAAUUCCAUCGCGCUCUCUGAAUCAUCCUUCGUGGGCCGUAACCCGGAAAAGCAAACAAUCAAUAAUAAGACCGGUGAAGUUUCAACUGAUUCACAGGAUUCAGAUGAGCUAAACAAAGAUUACAUCCAUAGAGUGGAGACCGUGGCUGAUGUUCUAUCUCGUCACACUACUAGAAGUGGACGCGCCAUUGAAGAUCCGGAAUUACAAGCUGCUAACUCAGAUUCUUUCGAUGCACGUGCCAUCUUUGCCAGUUUUGUUAGGGACGCCGAAGAGCAAGGCAUUCAUGUUCGUAAAGCUGGUGUGACUCUAGAAGAUGUGAGUGCUGAGGGUAUCAAUGCCUCCAUGUCUGAAGGUAGAACUGUAGGUGAUUUACUGGCUUUCCCCUAUACUAUUCACAAGUAUAUUAGAUCUAUGUCAAAUACCAAGAUGAGAAAGAUUUUACAAAAUUGUAAUGCUUUGGCUAAACCAGGUGAGAUGAUUCUUGUCUUGGGUAGACCCGGUGCUGGUUGUUCCUCUUUCUUGAAAGUCACAGCUGGUGAAAUUGAUCAAUUUGCCGGUGGUGUCAAGGGUGAUAUAGCUUAUGAUGGUAUUCCUCAAGAUGAAAUGAUGAAAAAAUACAAAGGUGACGUUAUUUACAAUGGGGAAUUGGAUGUUCAUUUCCCCUUCUUAACCGUGCAACAAACUUUGGAUUUCGCCAUUGCAUGUAAGACACCUGCUAAGAGAGUCAACAACAUAUCAAAGGCUGAAUAUGUGAAGACUACAAGAGAAUUAUAUGCUACCAUUUUUGGGCUAAGACACACUUAUCAUACUAAAGUUGGGAAUGAUUUUGUGAGAGGUGUUUCCGGUGGUGAACGUAAGCGUGUCUCCAUCGCUGAAGCUUUAGUCGCUAAUGGCUCUGUUUACUGUUGGGAUAACGCCACUAGAGGUUUAGAUGCAUCCACUGCAUUAGAAUACGCAAAGGCCAUCCGUAUCAUGACAAAUCUCUUAGAAUCCACUGCCUUUGUUACCAUUUAUCAAGCUAGUGAAAACAUUUACGAAACAUUCGAUAAAGUUACUGUCCUUUAUGAUGGUAGACAAAUUUACUACGGUGGGAUUCACGAAGCUACAGAAUAUUUUACCGAAAUGGGGUACGAACGUCCUUCAAGACAAGCUACCGCUGAAUAUUUAACUGCUUUAACUGAUAGGAACGGUUAUCAUCAAAUUCGUCCUGGUUUUGAAGAUAAGGUUCCACGUUCUGUUGAAGAAUUCGAAAGAUACUGGUUAGAAUCUCCUGAAUUUGCUCAAUUAAGAGCUGAUAUUACUUCAUACAAGGCAGAGAUAGACAGUCAGAAAACAAGGGAAUUGUAUAAUCAAUCAUUAGCUGAAGAAAAGGCCAAGGGUACACGUACAAAGUCUUAUUACACGAUUUCAUAUUUGGAACAAAUCAAGCUUUGUACCAAACGUGGUUUCCAAAGAAUUUACGGUAAUAAAGCUUAUACUGUUAUUAAUGUUAGUUCAUCUGUCAUUCAAGCUUUUAUUGCUGGUUCACUUUUCUAUAAGAGUCCAUCUGAUACAUCCGGUUCCUUUUCCAGAAGUGGUGUUCUAUACUUCUCCUUAUUAUUUUACUCCUUAAUGGGGUUGGCUAAUAUUACUUUUGAACAUAGACCUAUCCUUCAGAAACAUAAGAACUAUUCAUUGUAUCAUCCCUCUGCUGAAGCUUUAGCAAGUACUUUCUCUGCAGCUCCUUUCAGAAUGAUUAGUUUGACAUGUUUCAUUAUUAUUCUUUAUUUCCUCGCUGGGUUACAUGUGGAUGCUGGUGCAUUUUUCAUUGUCUAUUUAUUUUUGACAAUGUGUUCUGAAACAAUUAACAGUCUUUUCGAAAUAGAUUACCGCCGUGUGAUAGUUCUUGCUCAGGCUAACUUUAUUUGUGGUAUCUUAACAAUGGCUAUUUCCUUAUACUCCACUUAUAUGAUUCAAUUGCAUUCCAUGCGUCCAUGGUUCAAAUGGAUUUCAUAUAUUCUUCCAAUCAGAUACUGUUUUGAAUCAAUGCUUAACGCCGAAUUUCAUGGUAGACAUAUGGAUUGUGGUGGUACUUUGGUUCCUUCUGGUCCUGGAUACGAAAAUGUAUCAAAUGAUAACAGAGUUUGCCCAUUUGCUGGUUCUAAACCUGGUCAAUCCUGGGUUCUAGGUGAUGAUUACUUGAGGUUACAAUACACUUAUCAGUAUAAACACACUUGGAGAAACUUUGGUAUUAUGUGGUGUUUCUUAAUUGGUUAUCUGGUCAUUAAGGCUGUUGUUACUGAAUUUAAGAGACCUGUCAAAGGUGGUGGUGAUGCCUUGAUUUUCAAGAAGGGUGCUGAACAAUUCAAACAUUCAAGUGAUCCAGAAUUUACUGCCUCAUCUUCCAGUGAUGCUUCAAAUGAAGAUAAAGUAUCUGAUCCUAACGCUGGUGAGUUUGAAAAUUUGGAAGCAACUGGAGUUUUCAUCUGGAGAGACGUUUGCUACACUAUUCCAUAUGAUGGCGGUCAAAGGAUGUUAUUGGAUCAUGUUUCUGGUUAUUGUAUCCCCGGUACAUUAACUGCUUUAAUGGGUGAAUCUGGUGCUGGUAAGACUACAUUAUUGAACACUUUGGCUCAAAGAAAUGUUGGUAUUAUUACUGGUGAUAUGUUAAUUAAUGGUCAUCCCAUUGACGCUAGUUUUGAAAGACGUACCGGUUAUGUUCAACAACAAGAUAUCCAUAUUGCAGAGUUAACUGUCAGAGAAUCUUUACAAUUCUCAGCCCGUAUGCGUCGUGCUCAAGCUAUUCCUGAUGAAGAAAAAAUGGCAUAUGUUGAAAAGAUUAUUCAAGUGCUUGACAUGGAAUACUAUGCCGAAGCUCUAGUUGGUGAAAUUGGUCGUGGUUUGAAUGUUGAACAGAGAAAGAAGUUGUCCAUUGGUGUGGAGUUGGUUGCUAAACCUGAUUUACUAUUAUUUUUGGAUGAACCUACUUCUGGUUUGGACUCUCAAUCUUCCUGGGCCAUUAUUCAAUUGUUAAGAAAAUUGGCUCAAGCUGGUCAAUCUAUCCUGUGUACUAUCCAUCAACCUUCUGCAACAUUGUUUGAACAAUUCGAUAGGUUGUUGCUUUUAAGAAAAGGUGGUCAAACUGUUUACUUUGGUGAUAUUGGUAAGAACUCAAGAACUUUAUUGGAUUAUUUUGAAGGUAACAGCGCUAGAAAAUGUGAUCAAAGAGAGAACCCUGCUGAAUAUAUCUUGGAAGCUAUUGGUGCCGGUGCAACCGCUAGUUCAGAAUCUAACUGGCAUGAUCUUUGGAUUAAUUCUCCAGAAUACUUGACUGUUAACGAAAAAGUGGAUGAAUUAAUUAGAGAUUUAUCUCAACAAGAAAAUAAAGUCGAUCCAGCCGCAUUAUCUACUUAUGCUACUUCCUACGCCUACCAAUUUAACUAUGUUCUAAAGAGAACAGCAAUAACUUUCUGGAGGAAUGUGACAUAUAUUGGUUCUAAAUUGCUGCUUUUGGGUCUUGGUGGUUUGUUCAUUGGUUUCACAUUUUUCAAUGUUGGUAAGAGUUUUAUUGGUCUACAAAAUGCCAUGUUCGGAGCGUUCAUGUCCUUAGUUAUGGCUGCCCCUGUUAUAAUGCAAAUGAUGGGUUUUGCCUUGGCCUCAAGAGAGUUAUUUGAAACUAGAGAAUCCAAGUCUAAUAUGUUCCAUUGGUCCUUAUUAUUAGUCACCCAAUAUUUGAAUGAGCUGCCUUAUCAUUUGUUCUUCUCAACCAUUUUCUUUGUCUCAUCGUAUUUCCCAUUAAGAAUUUUCUACGAAGCUCCAAGAUCCGGUGUUUACUUUUUGAAUUAUUGUAUUAUGUUUCAAUUGUAUUAUGUUGGCUUUGGGUUAAUGGUUCUUUAUGCAUCUCCAAAUCUUCCAUCUGCUAAUGUGAUCCUAGGUUUAUGUUUAUCGUUCCUAAUCUCAUUCUGUGGUGUUACUCAACCUAAAUCUUUAAUGCCUGGUUUCUGGACAUUUAUGUGGAAGGCAUCUCCUUACACUUACUUUGUUCAAAACAUGGUCGGUAUUAUGCUUCAUAAGAAACCUGUUGUAUGUUCCAAAAAGGAAUUAAACUAUUUCAAUCCGCCAAGUGGUCAAACUUGUGGCCAAUACAUGGAGAGAUUCUUAUCAAGAUCUCCUGGCUACAUUCAGAAUCCUGAUGCUACAUCACAAUGUGCCUAUUGUGUCUACACUCAAGGUGACGAAUAUUUAACACAUCUCAGUUCUUCUUAUUCGUACCUAUGGAGAAAUUUUGGUUUUUAUUGGGCAUACAUUAUAUUCAAUAUAUUUGCCAUGGUUAUACUAUACUACAUCUUCCAUGUUAGACAAACACAGUUGAUAAACUUGGGAUCUAUUAUGAAUAGAAUAAAGAGAGUUAAAACCUAG